UGCAUGACGAGGUUCGCUCCAAGCAAGGGGUGCAGCUGGAGCAAUAUCACACAGCCUACGCAACAUCAUGUCUGCUACACAAGUCCAUGUCGCCAAUGGCGCGGCAAAGGAGCUGACCGACCUGCUCGCCACGUCCAAGAUCUCUCCCUCCGAGUCCAGGGAGGCAGCUCCUGCGCCGACGAAUGGCCAAGUCAAUCGCAACGGUCACGAUCACACCAACGGAGACGCUGCCGCGGAUGAUGACGACGACGAUGAUGAGGGAGAAGCUGAUGUGGCUGCAGCGAGCACUGGGGCCAAAAAGAAGAAGAAGAACAAGUCCGGCGCAGCAAAGAAAAAGGCAAAAGCUGCUGCUGCUGCACGAGCAUCGGCAGCGCAGAACCAGUCUGAACCGCCGCGUAUCGGCCUGACAACGCUCUUCCCCAACGGGCAAUACCCGGUCGGAGAGAUCCAGCAAUACGACACAUCCAAGUUCCUCGAUGAGAACCGCGCACGCACCACUGCCGAGGAACUCAGGGAGAGGGAGAGGAUCCAGCAGGAGGAGGAGGGCUGCGAUUACAAUCUCAUUCGGCGCGCAGCAGAGACGCACAGACAGGUCAGGGCGUAUGCAAGGAAGGCAAUCCAGCCGGGCAUGAGCAUGACGGAUAUUGCGAAUCUCAUCGAGGACGGAACACGUGCAGUCGUCGAAGCGAACGGUUUCGACAGCGGCAUCGGUUUCCCGACUGGCCUAUCGCUCAACGAGUGCGCGGCGCACUUCACUCCCAAUGCCGGCGACAAGAGGAUCCUGCAAAAGAGCGAUGUGCUCAAGGUUGACAUUGGUGUACACGUUGCAGGCAGGAUUUGCGACUCUGCCUUUACGCUGACAUGGGAAGACACGCACAACCCAUUGCUCGAAAUCGUUCGCGAGGCGACCAACACAGGUGUGCGGGAAUCGGGUAUCGACGCGCGGCUGGGUGAAAUCGGCGCAGCGAUCCAAGAAGUGAUGGAGUCGGGCUCCUACGAGGUCAACGGGGAGAUGCUGAAUGUUAAGUGCGUCAGGAACCUGCAAGGGCACAACAUCGAACGCUACUCAAUUCACGGCGGGAAAAGCGUGCCGAUCGUUGCUCAGCCGGACCUCAAGACACGCAUGGAGGAAGGCGAGUACUUUGCCAUCGAAACGUUCGGCACGACCGGCAGAGGCUACGUGCAAGACCAGGGAGACUGCAGUCACUACGCCAAGCGCAAAAACGCACCUGGCAGCGCUGCGAGCCUUCGCGUGCAAAGUGCUCGCACGCUGCUGUACACGAUCAACAAGAACUUUGGGACGCUGCCGUUCUGCAGACGCUACCUCGACAGGCUCGGGGAGAAGGCUUAUCUACUCGGACUGAAGCACCUCGUCGACCAGGGAAUUGUGCAGGACUAUCCGCCGCUGUGCGACGUGCCUGGCUCGAUGACGGCGCAGUUCGAGCACACCAUUCUCCUCCGCCCGACCUGCAAGGAGGUUGUCUCCCGAGGUGACGACUAUUGAUCUAUCCACCGGGUGUGCACCUACUCCAACGGUGAGACCCACUGUCCGUUCAUCCUUGCUCCAGGGCCGCAAUUCGUUGAGCCUGCACUCAUUGACAAAAACUUCAGGUUAGCUCCCGCUAUCCUCUUGUAUUCUAGCUAGCACGCGUUCUGACCCGCACGCAAUUUCUCAUCUGCGUUCCUCAUUUG